GUGACGGCUUUGGUUACUCGUCGUCUCCAUAGGAGCGUGUCAGCCUGAUGCGUAUCUGUGCUGUCAGCCAGGGGAAAGGUGGAUCCUCUGCUACAAGCCAACACCUCUUAUCCUCCUCCUGUCAUGCGUGUAGCAAAAAGCUCCAUCCAGCUCCGUCUCUCUGACUGCUGCUGCGGCUGACAGCACUCCCGCCCCGCUUCCACUCUUCGCAGAUGUAUUUGUGCUUCCUGGAAAACACGCUGCACCUGACAGAAUGAAUGGUUACGGGUCCCCGUACCUUUACAUGGGGGCUCCGGUGUCCCAACCCCGGGCACCGCUCCAGAGGACCCCCAAAUGCGCGCGCUGCCGGAACCACGGAGUGCUAUCUUGGCUCAAGGGUCACAAGCGGUACUGCCGGUUCAAAGACUGCACCUGCGAGAAAUGCAUCCUCAUCAUUGAGCGGCAGCGCGUCAUGGCGGCGCAGGUGGCGCUCCGGAGGCAGCAGGCCAACGAGAGCCUGGAGAGCCUCAUCCCCGAGUCCCUCAGAGUGCUGCCCGGCAUCGGCUUAUCCGGGGCCGGCGAGGGGAAUCAGCCUGCCCCGCCGAGGACGGAGGAGCUGGAGCUGAGGUGGAGCAGCACGGAGCCGGUGCAGGCCGGAGCACAAAUAUGUACAGAGCCGACGGAGGAGGGCCCAGAUGAGGUUUCAGCAGGAGAGAAUGGAGGGAGCUCCAGCGAGAAGGAGCAGGACGCGGUCAGCUCGCCGGAGGGCUCCAAACAAAACUGCUACACCCCGGAGCCCCCCGAAACACCCUCCCUCCCAGAGGAGAACCGCUACAGCCUCCCCAAAGCCGGGAGCGCUGAGAAGGAGGCCAAAACCGACAGUCCUCAGAAGUAUCCCGUCAGCCCCGGGGAGCAGAGCGUGCUGAUUGAGGGCCUCACCGGCUCCAUCAGCCUGCCCUUCAGCCUCCGAGCCAACCGGCCGCCACUGGAGGUCCUCAAGAAGAUCUUCCCCGCCCACAAGCCUCCCGUCCUGGAGCUCAUCCUGCGGGGCUGUGGAGGGGAUCUGGUGGGGGCCAUCGAGGUGCUGCUGUCUAGUCGAAAUCCAGACGGCAGCGCGCCCCCUCACGCUGAUGCGCACCCGGACGCGCUGGUGCUGCCUUCAAACGGACACCUGUUCGAGCACACCCUGGGCUCUUACCACCCGGUGUCUUCCUCCGCCAAGUGGUCGGUGGGCUCUGCUUUCCGGGUCCCCGACUCCCUCCGUUUUGCUUCCGAUUCCGCUUCGGGCGUGGUGUCUACCGGUGCACUGGGCGUCCCCCUGCAGCACCCAUCCUUUCCGCAGCCCACGCGCUACCCGCUCAUGCUGCGCAACUCGCUGACGCGCAGCCAGGCUAGCCCCUUCGUGCACAACGACGUGACUUUGUGGAAUACCAUGGCCCUGCAGCAGCAGUACCAGCUGCGCUCCGCGGCCCAGUACGUGUCUCCUUUCUCCCCCACAGCUCCCGCCGGGCCCGGGGUGUUCCGCAGCUCGCCCAUCCUUCCCUCCAGACCCUCCGAGGAGCAGCGCAUCAGCAUCCAGGAGGAGGGAUGCUCGCUGGGGCCCAAACCGGGCCUCUACUCCCCCGAUGAGGAAUACGAAGAGCGCUCUGAUUCCGCAGACUCCCGCAUCCUGAACUCAUCCACCUAAAAUUAAAAGCUGAAGACUCUUACAGCGAGAGAGAACCCAAAAAUGCAUUAAUGUGAAUGGACAUCAGUGUAUGCGUGUAAAGCGUUUUUGUCCUGUUUGAAUUGAACUGUGUCAAUCAAUCACUCUUUGAUACAGUGAUGUUAAUCCUCUAACAUCAGCCUCGUGCUUUUAAGAUGUCACCGGACUUGAAAACGGAUGAAUGUAACAGACUCAUUAUUUUGAAAGCAUUUCAGCUGUUUCCUGUAAGCAUGUUUAGUACUGUGAAACCUCGUGGUGUAAGGAUCACCGCUGCAUGUCGAGUAAUGCCAAAUAAAUCUGAGUAGUCCAAAUGGA